UGCCGGGGGCGGGGAGAGGCGGAAGCCGGAGCCGAGCCGGGAAGCUGCCGACCGCGUCGCUCGCCCGCCAUGCACGCCCUCCGGCUCCCCCCGCGCGCCUGCUGGCGCCUUUGGCAGCUGCGCCCCGCCCGGGGGUCCGGGGGGGCCCCCGCCUUGGCGCUCGGGGCCCGGCUCUACGCCGCGCAGGCUGCCCAGGCUGUACUGGAUAAAUCAGGCACCGGCGUGGCUUCUCCUUCUCAAGCUGUGUCGGAGAAGAAAUCUCUAGCUGCAGAAUCCAAGUCGUUUGCUGUGGGAAUGUUCAAAGGCCAAAUCAAUACUGAGCAAGUGUUCCCGUAUCCCUCAGUCCUCAGUGAAGAACAAGCCCAGACUCUGCAGGAGCUGGUGGGGCCGGUCUCUCGCUUCUUUGAGGAGGUGAAUGACCCAGCUCAGAACGACAUGUUGGAGCAUGUGGAAGAGCGCACGAUGCAAGGCCUGAAAGAGCUCGGAGCGUUUGGCUUGCAGAUUCCGAUUGACUUGGGGGGGUUGGGCCUCAGCAACAGCCAGUAUGCCCGGCUGGUGGAAAUCGUGGGAAUGCAUGACCUGGGGGUGGGCAUCACCCUCGGGGCUCACCAGUCAAUUGGGUUCAAGGGAAUCCUCCUGUAUGGCACCCCGGAGCAGAAGAAAAAGUAUCUUCCCAAAUUGGCAACUGGUGAGACCAUCGCCGCAUUCUGCCUGUCAGAGCCUUCCAGUGGUUCGGACGCAGCCUCGAUCCGCACGACGGCUGAGCUGAGCCCUUGUGGCACCUACUACACUAUGAAUGGCGGAAAGAUCUGGAUCAGCAACGGUGGGCUUGCUGAGAUCUUCACAGUGUUUGCGAGGACGCCCCUCAAGGAUGAAGCAACUGGAGAAGUGAAGGACAAGAUAACAGCAUUCAUUGUGGAACAAUCUUUUGGGGGUGUAACACGCGGCCCCCCUGAGAAGAAGAUGGGCAUCAAGGCAUCCAACACAGCGGAGGUCCUCUUCGAUGGCGUUCGUGUCCCAGUAGAGAACGUUUUGGGGGCCCCAGGUGCCGGGUUCAAGGUUGCCAUGAAUGUCCUGAACAACGGGCGCUUUGGCAUGGCUGCUGCAAUGGCCGGCACGAUGCGUGGCAUCAUUGGCAAAGCGGUGGAUCACGCUGCCAACCGGACCCAGUUUGGGGACAAGCUCUAUAAUUUCGGAACCAUCCAGGAGAAACUGGCCCGCAUGGCUAUGCUGCAGUACGUGACGGAGUCCAUGGCCUAUAUGAUCAGUGCGAAUAUGGACCAGGGAGCCUUGGACUUCCAGAUUGAAGCCGCCAUCAGCAAAAUAUUCGGCUCGGAAGCUGCCUGGAUCGUGACCGACGAAUGCAUCCAGGUCCUGGGUGGGAUGGGCGUCAUGAAGGACGCUGGUGUAGAACGGGUGCUGCGCGAUCUGCGCGUCUUUCGGAUCUUCGAGGGCACUAAUGACAUCUUGCGGCUGUUUGUCGCACUGACCGGGUUCCAGAAUGCAGGGAACCAGCUGCGUGGAUUGCAGAAGGCCGUCAAGAAUCCCCUGGGGAAUGCGGGCCUGUUGGUCAGCGAGGUGGGCAAGCGAAUGCGCAGGAGAGCUGGUUUUGGAACUGGGAUUACGCUAAAUGCGGUUGUGCAUCCAAGCCUGAGCACAAGCAGCAACCGGGCUGUCCAGGCGAUCGAUCUUUUUGCAGGGGUCGUGGAAGAACAGCUGCUGAAGCACGGCAAGAAGAUCAUUGAUGAACAAUUUGUGCUGAAGCGCAUUGCUGACAGCGCCAUUGACCUCUACGCCAUGGUGGUGGUUCUCUCGAGAGCAUCCCGGUCCCUGGAGCACGGGCAUCCCACAGCCCAGCAUGAGAAAAUGCUUUGUGACACUUGGUGUAUGGAGGCCUCUGACCGGGUCACUCAGACCUUGCGGUCCCUGCAGUCCAACUCCACACGGCAGCUCUUCAAAAACCUCCGGAGCAUCUCCAAGGCACUGGUGGAGAAUGAGGGGGUGGUCUCCCCCAACCCCCUCGGCAUCUGAAAUGUGCCCAUGGUUGCUUGUAACCUUUGUCUGAAAUGAGCACACCACACAUGUAACAAAACUAUUAGGGCCUGUUUAUGAGGGGUGGGUUCAUUCUUCCCUUUCCCUCCUCCUCAAUUCAAAGAGGGCUGGUAGCUCCUUUGGAGAAUAAUAUACCUCUUUGCUCUAUUAAAUGCCUUAAUGCCUCUCUGGAGGUGGUGGGGGGGGGGGGAGGUUAUGUUGCAAGCCGUAAUUGCCACUGCUCCACUGGCCAGUUGUUCUUGGGGAUGUCUUCAUCUCUUGAUCUGGCACAUCUUGAACUUGGCACUUUGCAUCUAUGAACGGCAAGACUUUUUAUCACCUUAAAUUUUAUGUUGACUUGGGGCAGAACUCUUCCAGUGGGAAUACCGGAGCUGACUCCCGAUGCCCCCGGCUCGCCUUUUUCCGUGAUGUCUCACAAGCUGUUUGGGUUGCAAUAUUUAGUCACAAAUCAGUAGCGGUUGCUCCGAUACCGACGGUGGUAUUUUCUGUGAAUAAUUAAAUUACUUUGGCAAAUG